AUGACGGUCAGCCUCCCCGAGACAUUCGAUGCCUAUGUCCCCAGCAAUCUCAAAGCUCUCUUCCAACUCGCACGACUCAUUCCUACCUAUGUGUCCUUUGACACCUUGCAGGAGGCAGUCCCUCUUGACGCAGAACACGCUUCUUCCUUCGAUUAUUCCAAAGAACUUGUGCCUCACGAGGGCUUCAUCCACUCCAUUCGAUGCUUCUACUUCGCACUGGGCAUCCUUUACAGCGGGUUUCCCUCCAACACUCCGGGAGUUCCGCAAAUUGCUACCAACGAGCUCAUCCAACGGCUGUACCAUACGGCUCUUUUGCACGAUCUCGGGUGGACAGACAAGCCCGAGGGACUUAACCAUCCUGCCCACGCGAUGACUUUCGAGCUACAUGGCGGAAUCAUGGCUUUUGAGCAUUUGCAAGCCCAGGCGCCGUCACUCGAUGCCAAACAGGUCGCAGACAUCGUACAAAGCAUUGUACUCCACACCAUUGGCCCCGAUUGGGCCUCGGGCACUUCUUCAGCGACUGCGAUGCUCAUGUCACUGAGCGCCUGGUUCGACGUGGGCGGAUACGACAUCGAAGGCCCCGAUUCACGUGACUUCAUGAUCCAUCGCGAGACCGUCCGCGAGGUCGAAGCGGCCUACCCGCGCGGCCAGUUCGCUGCUGAAGCGACUGAGAUAUUUGGGAACGAGUUCAAGAACAAACCGGAUUGCCUUUUGUCUCAUUAUCCUGGUGCUCCAGGUAAUUUUUCCAAGGUUUUGCGGGUGGACCCCAUUGUCGAGUAG